AUGUUUUCAACAACCAACGAUUACCAACGCUCUUAUGUGACACAGAGGUCACCGAAGGAAAAAACUAGUUAUGCAUGUAUUACUUAUCUUGAUGAACCGAUGGAAUAUAGUAUCGCCGAAUCGAAACGUUUCUUGCAUGUCAACGAGGACGGUUUUGGAAUUAUCAAGGAAUUCAGGAAAUCAUAUAAUGUUCACGUAGAGCAAACGGGUACACAAGCAUCAAUGGAGCGCUAUGGUCUAUUACUAGAACGAGCAAUGAAAUCCCAGAUGCAUGAAGAAGUUCCAUCUGACUGUGAAGAUUGGAAAAGAAAAAAACAAAAAGAAAAUCGAUUGAAAAAUUCAACAACAACUGUGACAUCAAAUCCAGUAUCGACCAUACGUGAAGAACGACAAAUGACUUCUUCGAAUGAACUGUUAUCUAUUAUUGCUUCUGACGAUGAGAUAUCAACUAUCAAUGAGAAAUCUGAAAAAGAAAAAUUAUCUUCACUAUCUUGCCAGUAUGAUUCUAUAAAUGUUAAAUCUGUGUCGAGUUCAAAAAUUCGAGUAUUAGAAAAAGAACGUGAACAGUGUUCGCCAAAUUUUGAUGAUGAUGAAGUAGAGGAAGACAAACAAUUAAGUUUAUCAUCUGAUGACGAUGAUUUCGAUCCAAAUGUGUCGUCGAAUUCAAUGAAAAAUCAACACAAGUUAUCUUUUUCAAAAAAACGUUCAAAAAAACAAACAGCAAAACUUCCAAUUGUUAAGCGUUUACGCUUUUCAACGCAUGACGAUGAAGAAGAAAAAAAUGAACGAUUAGAUAUCGAACAAGUUCUGAGUCUUGUGAAAGAGCUAAAUGAGAAUGUUCUGAAGAUAGAAAAUAGACAAAUUCAAACAACCAUUGCUUUAGAACGUCAGAACAAGUUUUUAAAAGUUUUAUGUAAAAAUCAGAAAAAAUUGGCUAAAUGUUUUGCUCGGCAUAAAAUUCCUGUUUGUCUUGAAGAUGAUGAUAAAGAACUACAAUUAAAUGAUGAACAACGAAAUAAUUCUACUGUUACAUAUGAACGAAGCGACGGUAAUGUUAUUGAUCUUUUAAAAUUACAAGGUACCAAGCAACACACUGUGAAAUAUGCUUUAAAACUGAUUGAUGUAUUAUUUAUCGAUAAAUAUGAAUUUCAAAACCUCAACGUAAAAAAAGCUGAUGAAGAUUCAAGAAUAAAGAAAAUAUGA